CCGGUUAUCAGAUGUAGUGAAAGGAACUGCCAAACAACAAAAAAGCAGAGGAGAGUCUCCGGUUGAAAAUUUAUCAUCAACUAGUCAAUCAACGCAACACAAUGCAGUAGACCUUAAUGUCCCUGCUCCUCCCGUAUCUCCGUCCUUAUCAGACAAAUCAGGUACAGGGACAGGAGCUGGUACUGAAGAGAAAUGGACCAAGACUGAUGAAACUAAUGAGAGGGAGGAAGUAGUGACAACGACUGCGGGAUCAGUGGCACCCAGCAGCACUGUGAGCAAACAUCACACUGCUACAAACAAUGCUACCACCAUGACUGAACACUCUACACCACAUCAGACACAGUCAGAGCAGUCAGAAACUAGCUCUAGUUCAGGAAGUGGAGGCGUAGUUGUUAAAUUAAGCUAUGCCCAGGUGGCACAACAUAGUAGGGAGAAACAAGAGCGUGAAAAGCUAGCAUCAAGCAAUGAAACCGAAGAAAAACAUGCCUCUCAUCCAAUCACCAUUCAACACAAUACACCUAGAG